AUGAGAAAUACGAAAGGACUCUCAGCAAAGAGCGUGAGGAGUUUCCACCAGAAGAUGAAACUCUUCCAAGAUGCUCGAUCAAUUCGACUAGGCGGACGUAUGACGCGCGAAUUUGUCACCUGUGUUCUCGGAGGGCCGCGUCUCGAAAGCAUAAAUCUGAACGACCUAAAGCUAUGGGCCGAGCUCGAAACAGCUUCCAACUCCAACCCAAAGCCAUCUGGAUCGGGUCUCGCAAGCCUUGCCACAGACACAGCGGAGUCUGAGCUGGUACCGUCAGCUUCGAACCAACUACAAGAGCUACGCAAGUAUCUCGACGUAAAUCGUGCCAGACUGCAGAUGCGACCAAACGAGCGAGUGCUAGCAGACACCCUUGACACGCUCGCAGCCCGCCAGUCUGUUCUAAAAUCUCUUCAUGUUACCAUAGCAGGGCCUGAUACAGGUUACUAUUACACUCCUCAGGAUACAUCACUGUAUCGCUCAUGGGCACGGUUCCUGGCGUCGGCACGCAAUACGCUAUGCAAUCUCUUCUUCGAACAGUGUGAAGGUAUUAAGGAGUCGUCCGGCCCUCGUAGGGGCCAUGAGAGAAGGCAGACACAAGGGAUCCGUCAGAUGGACUGGCUUUUUGCGCAACAGGUGCUGCCUGUUUUGUUAGGCGCUCCAUGGCCGCAGAUAAAACGCAUGGAGAUCAGAGGCGUAGGCCAGAUCGACAGCGUGUACCGGAGCGUGUACCAUUACGAGCUUGAGCGAAGGGUGGAAGUGGUACGUGUGGUGGCUCCUCCAAAGGCUACAGAGCAGCUUCGUAAGCUAUUAGAUUACGAAGCAGAACUGGUAAUAGAAGAGCGGUCGUCUGCGAAGUGUGAGCACGUCGAUACCGCUGAUCCAGGCAUCCCACCAAUAUACAGUCAAUGGGAAGAUUGGAAGGCGAUCAUGGAUAGGCGUAGGAAACAGAACCACCGCGACAGCGACAGCGACAGCACAAGAAAAGAAACUGGUGGACUUGCGACUUGCCGUAUCAGCGAUUACGAACAGAUAGCAUUUCGAUGGUCAGACGGUUUGAUAGAUGAGAAGAGCGCUCUUCGUAUUGCAGAUCCAGAAUACGUGCCGGAUACGGAGUUAUUGGGAGGACCCAAUCCCGAAAUCGAGAGGGCAUGA